CGCUGCCGACGAUAUUCAGUGCGUUCCCGUUGUUGAGAAACGUCUACAUCAGGGAAGGGAUCCAGGUGGUACAUGGCCACGCCUCGAUGAGUCCAUUGACACAUGAGGGUAUAAUGCAUGCCCAUACCAUGGGAUUGAAGACGGUGAUGACUGAGCAUUCCUUGUUUGGAUUCGCUGACGUUGGCAGUAUCAUGGGGAAUAAGUCCUUGGGCUAUACGUCUGUCUUCACAAACCAUCUGAUAUGUGUCUCCCAUACUUGUAAAGAGAACGUUGUUCUGCGAGGGAAGAUAAACCCUUCAAAGGUCAGUGUCAUACCAAAUGCAGUGAUAUCAGAGGAUUUCAAGCCUGCAGAGGUUAAAAAGAACGAUGGAACGAUCACCAUUGUGGUGAUAUCUCGUCUUUUCCCCAAUAAGGGUGCUGAUCUACUGGCUGCCUUGAUACCGAAAGUUUGUAAACAGCACGAGAAGGUCCGCUUCAUCAUCGCUGGUGAUGGGCCUAAAUUCGUCGAAAUCCAACAGACAAUCGAGACUUAUAGACUACAGGACCGUGUUGAACUGAUUGGUGGGGUGAAACAUGAAGAAGUUAGAAAUCUAAUGGUAAAGGGUGAUAUCUAUCUACAUGCAUCUUUAACAGAGGCCUUCGGCACAGUGCUUGUAGAGGCAGCAAGCUGUGGGCUGUUGGUGGUCACCACAAGAGUUGGUGGAGUUCCAGAAGUUCUACCCCCACAGAUGACUAUCUAUGCUAACCCAUCAGUGGAUUCAUUGGUCAAAUCCGCGUCAAAGGCUAUACGUCUCAUUGAGGCUGGUAAAGUUGAUACUUCUAAAUUCCAUCUACAAGUUAAAAACAUGUAUUCAUGGGAGGAUGUUGCGAGAAGAACAGAAAUUGUCUACGACUCGAUUCCAGAUGAUCACAAGCAGGAAACCAUUGAUGAAAUUAAAGAGUUGUACAGAAUGGGCGCUUGGGCUGGCAAACUUUUCAUCCUAUGUUUCAUAAUCGAUAUAUUUCUAUAUCAAUUCUUGGAAGUUCUUUUCCCAAGGAGCAAGAUUGAAAAGGUGGCUAAAUGGCCAAAGUCAAGGCCUGCAAGAAUUCACAACAAUCCUUGAAUCCAGCACGUGUUUAGUGUUGUAACGAUAGCUUACGUGUAACUGAUUCCCUUAAUGACUUCCCAAUAUCGCGUAGCUCAUCUACCUCCUCGCGGUGGAAAGGCUCA